GCCAGGCGUCACACAAGUUUAUAAUAAGGACCCACAAAAAAAGUUGUCGAGUGAAAGAGAGGGGGAGAAAAAAAACUGAACCCUUCCCACACUGCAGAAAUCACGGGCAGUGACUGUGAUAGGAGGAAAGGGGACAGAAAGAGACAGAGUGAGAGCAGAAGAGCCCUUAUACGACUUCAUUACAUGUCUUUGAGGAGCGGAACAGAUCACUGAGCUGGACUGAUCAUCAAUAUCCGUGAAGAAGUCAGAGUUGUUCGUGGAGUCCCUUUGGAGCAUGCGGCUCGGUUCACUUUUCAGGCUCUAUGUGCUGCUGGGCUUUGUGGUGGUCACGACCUCCAUGACCAAAGCUGCCAAGAGGAAGGUGGCCACUCGGAGGUCCAGACAGGUGUUUGAGGCUGAACCUAUAGAGGGGGUGUGGUCUGACUGGGAGGAAUGGUCAGAAUGUUCUCAGACCUGCAGCAUGGGCGUCUCACAGAGGAAGAGAAAGUGUUUACCCCCUCCACCGCCACAGACCCCUCCCCACUCCUUCUCCCCAGACAACUGGGCAGAUUACCUGCCUGGGGGCAUCGGGGGUCCAGUUGUCUCUCCCGCGAGGCCUUACUACCCUCCUCGUUACCCUGGGCAACACCCAUCUUAUCACUCUCCUUCCAUCUCAAGCAACCGUAACCCGGGACUGCCUUUGUAUCGGAAUACGCCCUCUGGAGAAGAAGGGCCUCCCGUUCCUGGACACAUCAAUCGGGUGCCAACUUUUUACCAGCCAGAAUUCUCCCCCGCCAAUCAGGACCCUGCGUCUCCUUACCGGUCUCCCUACCACUCACCCUCACAAGGCUACAACCAGCCACAAAGGGUUUUCAGGAGGCCGACCAAUCCAGGAGCAGCGAGAGCGGCCGGGGGCGGGAGCAGACGCUCCGUCUCCAGCAGUCGGGAGGUUUCGCCUUCGAGGAGGUCGUCCAACAUUCGUCCAGGCCAGUUUGGGUAUGGUAAGGUUCCCUUCUCGCUGCCUCUGCAUCGCCCCAACCGCCAGGCUCGCCACACUGUCAACGGCACUGAGAGCACAGCCGAACGAACUGUCACUGAAGACGACACGGAGAACAUCGGGAAAGACGGAGAACAGAGGGGGAGUGAUGAAGAGGACAGGGAGGUGUGGAGGACUAAAGAGGAGGGUGAUGAGCGGGAGAACAGUGAGGCUCCUGCAGCUGAGGAGGGGCCGACAACGACCACCACCACGACCAGCAUCCCCCGCCGACACGUGGACAAACCUUCAUACACCACCACAGAUCACAGGAGGAGCAGAGUCCCACCCCGACACCCCUUCUCACGCUCCUCGUCACCAUCCGUCUUCAGUAACCGCCAAAGAUUUGAUUGGAACGCUGUCACUGCUCCACCUCCACCCUCGCGGGCUCGUUCCCCUGGUGGCGCUCCACCUUUUUCCUCCCCUCUGCACCGCUCCAGCCCCGUGCACCGAGACAGGGAGCUCCAUCCAGGAUUCAGCCCCCAAACCCCACCUGCCGGCAACAUCUACCCCUUACAGCACCCCCACAUGUCUCACCUGGGACAGGAGUCAGCCAGGCAUGGACGAGGGGAAGCUCCUCGGGUGUACAGAUGCUCGGGGCCUGAGAAAGAGUACCGCAGAUGCUUCUCACAGGUGUGUGGAGGAGGUGCUUUGGACCCCAGAGCAGAGCAGUGUGCAGCCUUUAACACCCAGGAGUUCAUGGGUCGCCUCUACAACUGGGAGCCUUUCACUGAGGUUGGUGUGGAGAAGCAGUGCGAGCUGACCUGCAGACCUGCUGGCUACCGGUUCUACGUUCGUCAGGCGGAGCGCGUCAGAGAUGGGACGCCCUGCUUGAAUGUUAGCAGCAAUGAUGUCUGUGUAGAAGGACGGUGUCUGACCGAGGGAUGUGACGGGGUGCUGGGCUCCAGCGCUGUGACUGACAGGUGUGGAGUGUGUGGUGGGCAAAACACAUCCUGUAGAAAGGUGGCAGGAAGUUUCCAAAAUGUCACGGUUCCCCUUGGCUACCACAAGAUUAUGGACAUCCCACCUGGAGCCAGACUCAUUAACAUCACGGAGAGACGAGCAAGCCCUAACUACCUGGCCAUGAGGAGCGGCACAGGGGUGUCGGUGGUGAACGGGCGCUGGGCUGUGGACGCUCCAGGGGAGUACCAGGCAGGGGGGACUACUUUCACUUACACCCGACCUAGAGUUCAGUCGGAGGAGGAGAGAGGAGAGUCCCUGAGGGCGCCGGGACCCACCACAACACAGCUGCAGCUAUACAUCAUUUUUCACAAGGACAACCCAGGAAUCGACUACGAGUUCUACCUCCCGGUGGAGAAGGAGGGAGAGAAGGAAAGAGUGGCAGAGAGGGGGACGCACAGAGAGAUGCCCAGGGAGCACCCCAGGGAGCACCCCAGGGAGCACCCCAGGGAGCACCCCAGGGAGCACCCCAGGGAGAGAGAGUCAGCGAGGGCCCCGCUUCGCAGUCCUCUCACCGUGUCAGUAGAAGACCCUCUCCCUGCUCCUCCUCCUGUUUUGAAUCGCUCUUUUCCCUCCACCUCAUCCUCUUCCGCUUCAGGAUCUUCUUCGUCUGUGUUUUCUCACCCGUCCUCAGACCGGUGGACACCUGAGCGGAUGCGAACACGAGGAUCGGCGCCCAACAGGAAUGCUCGGAUCCCCCCUCGCACUGACCUGCCACCGGACACACAGUCUCCGUUUGUGUGGCGGAGGGGCGGCCUCACCGAGUGCUCUGCUUCCUGUGGCAAAGGUUCUCAGCACAGAGUCGUUGUGUGUUUUGACCGCCACACAGACGAAGAAGUCCCAGAGAGGAAGUGUGACUCUGCAGCCAAACCUGUUCCUGAGGAGCAGCCUUGCAACACACAUCCUUGCCCACCAUUCUGGGAGGCCAGUGCAUGGUCAGAAUGCAGUGUGUCCUGUGGGCCCGGUGUGCAGCAGAGGCAGCUCCAGUGUAGGCAGAGCUUUGGAAAUCGCUCCACGAUGGUCCACCCUCAGCGCUGCGCCAACCUCACUCCACCAGAUUCCACGCAGGCCUGCGAGCUCCGGCUCUGCUCCCGCUGGGAGGUCAGCUCUGAUUGGGGCACGUGCUCAGUGGACUGCGGAGUAGGAGAAAGACUGAGGAGCGUGCGUUGCGUCAGCGAGCAAGGCGGCGAGGUGAGCGAGAAUGAGUGUAACUCCAGGCUCCGUCCACAAGGAAGUGAGGACUGCAACAUGGGCCCCUGCGUGACAAACUGGUACUUCAGUGGCUGGUCCAACACUUGUUCAGCGCAGUGCGGCCCAGGGGUGCAGAAGAGAGAAGUGGUGUGUUUGACCAGAGGAGGGGUCAGAGAGGUGGAAGGAGGAGGGGACUGCGUUGUGGAAAAGCCAGCAGAGAUGAAGGCCUGUAACAACGGUCUGUGUGUACCAACAGCCAUGUGGUUCAGCAGCUCCUGGACAGAGUGUAAUGUGCCAUGUGGGGAUGGAUCCCAGCGACGGGACAUAAUUUGCGUCCAGAAGAUAGGAAAUGACUUUACUGCUGUGCCAGCCUCUGAGUGCUCUCAUCUAGAGAAGCCUGCAGCUGUCCAGGAGUGCGACAUGGGAGAGUGUCAGGCACAGUGGUUCACAACAGAGUGGAGCGCGUGCUCGCGCUCUUGUGGGAAGGGCCUGCAGGUGAGAGAGGCCAGAUGUCUAACACCUGAUAAAAAACUCAGCCAAGACUGCGACUUUAGCCCCAAACCUGAACAGGAACAAUUCUGCAACACAAUACCGUGUGGUCCACAAGUCGCAGAUAAAAACUGCAGGGACAGACGCGAUAACUGUAUGAUGGUGGUGCAGGCCAGAAUGUGCGUCUAUUCCUACUACAAGACCGCCUGCUGUGCAUCUUGUACCCAGAGUGCCCAACGUGCCAAGAGACACUGAGCAGUCAAGAAUUAGGUUGAAGAGGCUGAUCGCGCCUGAGAGGAUGAGUCUGUAACAAAUGAAAAGCCCAGACUUGGCAUGGCAUUCAGAUAAAACAUUUAGCUAUUUUCACCUGACUCUUCAGGUAAAACACUGUGAAAGCAGCCCAUUUCUUCUACCAGCACUCACUUAUACCUGAUGUAACCUCCUAGAGCCACACUCAUUUCACUGAGCUUGCUUCACUUUACUAUGUUCAUUAACAGGUGCAUUGAUGGUGCCAUUUCUGUCAUUUCCACUCUUUGAGACUCAUUUCAGAGGCUGAAUCUGCUUACUGACAACACAGCUAUGUUUUAACCUUUGUUAAGAUCCCAGGAUCUUGAAUUAGAUGCAGUCAGACAUGUAUAUCACUACUUCUGUGUUAAAUCAUUAACAGGUGUGCCAGAUGAACUGUGUGGUCUGCAUUGUGAAAGCAGGUGUGCAGAAGAUCUGCUGGAAUAGUUCUUUGUACAGUCACUUCCACUGCGAUAAUGUGACUGCCCCCAAGCCAAGAGCUGAGCAAGAUCAAUUAAUUUUAAAUGUCAAAUGUGUUUAAAUGUCUGCCAAAAAUAUUUCCUCAAGUGUCCUUUUAUUAAGUAUUCGGACAGUUGAACCAAAGGGGUGGGUUGACGAUGGCAGUGUGACCAAAUAUAAGCGGGGCUAGAGACAGAGAUUAGACUUUUUCUCGGGAAGGACACUUGACUUUGAUGUUGAAACAGUUCCAUUCAGGUCUGUCUCAAUCCUUAACAUUUGAUCCCUUUUUAUUAAAAGAGCUCCGAAAGAACCAAUUGUUAAAAAAGUACACAUGCCACGUAGAGAUUCAAAAAUGUAUGCAAAGUAAAAGUGCAGUUUAUUCAAGUAUUCACUCCUGUUACAAAGGAACAUUUUUUCAUAAGUUACAAAGUCUGAAUCAUGAGUGCCUUUUAAACUACAUAUAAUUAGAGCUGAUCACGUUCAAAAUGGAGCAGCAGAAUUUUGUAUCUAACUGUUCUGACUGACUGUUUUUACUUGUUUUCCUAUACGCACUUGUAUUUGAAGUUGUACAGUUUUUACAAGACUAAAGGUGCUGCUGCUCACUGAACAACAUACAGUACAUUAUUUUUUUAAGAUAAAUAUAUCACAUGAUAGAACUGUUGUUACUCUCGUCUUUAAAUCAAAUGAAAAGGCCAAACCAGCUGUGAGCUUCUCUCUCUCUUUAUAGCUUGAGUUCCCAGCCUUGUAACUGGCACUCAGCCUCAAGACAACUUGUUCUUACUGAAGUCUUUUACCUUUUUAAAAAUGACUCACUGCUAAAAUGAUGAGGUAAUUUCCUCAAAUAUUUGGUCAGUGUACCUUUGAGCAAGGAUUUCUCCAAGAGGAGCCGGAAGUGAAUCAGUUGAGGGACGCUGCAGAGUUUUGAGUUGGUUAUUAUCAUAGUCAGCAUCUGGUGUUUAUAACUUUUUCUGAUGUUAAAAUAACCGUGCAUUGAGAAAUGUGUCUUUUAAAACUAGUAAGAUAAUCUAAAAAAAAAACAAAAAUCAAGCAUUGACCACACAGCAAACACUUCAUCAGCAUCAAUUCAGUGUUGGUUUUGUUCAUUUCAUGAGAUUUCGUAACAAUAAUAACAAAUCAUGACAUGGUCUUUUACUUGAACAACUUCUGACUGAUUGUGCAGUCAUGACAGCUGUGUUACAGCAUUUUAAGACACACUUCCUGGAAGGAGAUGUUAAAUCUGUCACAUGAGAACAGAUGAAGUCAGAGUUAAGAGACCUACGUGAGACUGAGAAAGCUGCUUUCUUUCUUGAAAUAAAGUCUUUUAAAAAUGUUAACCAUAGUACAGAUCAAAGGCAGCCAUUCUGCUUUAAAGAUUACAAUUUUUUUCUAUCGAAGUGGCACCCUCUGUAUAUGUGUAUAAGUAUUGUUUGAUGUUCUUUUUCUUGUCUUCACUACCUUUACAUGCCUCCCAACAUAUAGGCUGCUCACAUUCAGUCGAACAUGAAGAAACUGUAUAUUUGUCAAGUAAGCUUAAAUGUAUAUCAUUUCUUAUUGAAUAGUUGCGCUUAUAUUUUAUAACUGACAGGAAUGAUCAGAAAGUGUUGUAGGCGACAUUUAUACACAUCUAACAGUCAUAUAAUUGUUGCUUCUGACAAAAGAAUUGGUGAUGUGAUUGGACGCUGAAUUUAUGGAUGUUUGCGUGUGUGCAUGCAUGUGUGUGUAUGGUUGUGUGUUGCUGAGCAAAUGUGGCUUUUUUUUGUCUCUAAUCCCUUGUAGUAUAAAUUGCAUCAUAUAAAGGAUAUUAAUUUAUCUACGAUUUGAAGAACGUGUAAUUUAUUUUUUCUUUUGAGGAGCUGUAGGAAAUUUUUUGUUACUAUGAGAGUUUAUAAAAUUGUUAUUAUCAAUAUAAAUGUUUUUAUCAUACAAAAACAAAAAAGUGUGGGAAAAAUUAUCCCAGAUCUUCAUUUUAAAUAAAAAUGAAAUAC